CGAUUGUCGUGAUAACUCAAAUUUUCUAUAGUGAAAAAAAAUGUGAUGUUAAAUUAAAUCUACCUAGAAAUUUGAAUACUAUAAAUAUUUUUAAGUUAAUUUUUAGGUAGUAGAUAUGUCACAAAGAUUUUUUACUAUAUCCAAAAAGGUGGAAAGGUUGUUGAUGAAUGGAAUUCGUACAGGCCGGUUAGAUAAUUUUGCGGUGAGUGUCAAUCAUUCAGACUAAUGUGUUAAGACUUAUAAUAAAUAACAAUAUUAAUAAAAUGUAUAAAAUAAGUUAUAAUAAUAGUAAUAAAAUUGUUAAAUUUGUCUUCGUGUAUUAACAGUUGAAUCGUCAUUUGAACCUGUUGAGCAGGCGCCAAGUAUUGCCAAGUUUGGGUACAGUACUCAAACAAUGGACACAUCUUAGUGAAAAACCACCGUCAGGUUUUGAAAAGUAUUUUGAUAAAGAUAAAAAAGGUAAAGAUGACAAAAAGUCUAGCAGUUCUGGUAGAAAACCAUUUGAACAAAAUGCAUUUAAACAAAGGAUGAGCCGAUUGUCACAAGGGUAAUGAAUCUUUUAUUUGUAUGCAAUUUUUAUUGCAUAAUAAAUUAGAUAUUAACCUAGGUACUUGAUAUAAAUUUUUGUAUGCAAUGUAUAGAAUUCAAAAUCUGUUUAUCAUUUUUUUAGUUUUGAACUUAUUACCAUCAAAUAUAAUGUAAUACAAUUGAUUACAGUGUGUUAAAAAAAAAAAAAUUACCCAUUUCAUACCUAUUAUAGUUUUAAAUGUUGUAUUUAAUUUUCUUGCCUUUUAAUAGUGAUAACACAUUUAAACAUUGUUUAAUUAUACUAUAUUCAUUUUGUUUCAUUCAUUGCUAAUUUUCUAGAUAAUCAAUAAUUAAAUUCUGAUAUAUUAACAAAUGUAUACACAUUUAAUAUAUAAUUUGUACUUUAUAUAUCUUAUGUUUAGAAAGUAAGUAAAGAAAUUAUCGAAUUUGUUCAAAUAAUAUGUUAUUUUGCAAUAUUGUGCAAUCUCAUAAUAUUGUCACUAAUGGUAGAAUGCCAACAAACUAUCAAUCUUUAAAAUUAUUAUAUAAAUGUGUAAAUACAGUAUUCAUUAUUUUUCUUGGUUUUAAUUCUAACAAAUAUUUUCUUUAAUAUCAUAAAUUUUAUCAGAAAUUUAUAGUUUUUAAUGAACAUAUGUUCAAAUAUUAGUUCAUCCAUUGCUUAAUAAUAUAUCAAGGUUACUUGUUUUACUAGAAUAUACAUACAAAUAUACCUAUGUAAGGACUAAACACAUUAUCUAUUCUUGUACUAUUGUAAAAUUGUCAAGUUAAUUUUAGAAAAAAUUACAAUUUAGCCAUUCUUUAAUUAAUUACAUUCCUUAAAUUGUCUUCAAUCAUAAUUGUAAGUUUUAUUAAACAGUAACCACAACUUUAUUAAUUUAAAUGAUAUUUUAAUAAAUAAAUAAAACUGAAUUAAAAUUGUUAAAAUUUAAAUGUUUAACAAAUGAAAAAUCAUUUCAAGAAAUUCUUGCAUAAUAAUAUUAUAUUAAUUAUUAAUUAUUAAUAUUAUAUAUAGUAGUUAAGCCAUUGCUAUAGGUGAGAAGUUGGAUAUAUUUUAUGGUACUUGGUAAUUUUAGUUGUAUAAUGUAUGAAAUUAAAAACUAUCGCAAACCAAUUGUGAUCCUAUGCAGUUUCAUUUAAUUUUUGAAAAAUUAAAAUCUAUGUACCAUUUUAUAAAUUUGUAAUUAAAUACUUUUAAAAAUAAACCGCAGCUUUACAUUUGACUUCAAAGUUAUACUAAGUCUAGAAAAUGUUAAUAUUGAAUAUUCAGUGAACAUUUUAGGUCUAUGAUUAUUUAAACUGAAUAACUAUAAAAAAUAAAAUAAAUUUGAAUGGAAAUAUGUUUAAAUUGUUUAUUGAUUUAUUCCAGGGGUGGUCCUGGUGAUUCUGAAAAAGAAAAAUGGAUACUUUAUAGUGUGGCUGCUGCUAUUGGUCUAGUCAGUCUUAUUUCAUUCUAUAACAGGAGUUACAAAGAAAUCACAUGGAGAGAUUUUGUUAAUAAGUAAGUUUAUACAUGUUUUAGCUUAAAAUGAUUAUUAUUGUUUCAUAAAUAGAUCUUUCAGAUCUUUUUAUAAUUAUUACAACAUACACUCAUAAGUCAUAACAAUAUAAAUUUGACAUUUUUUUAAUUCAUUAAUAUACUCGUUGUUUUUAUCAGUUAUUUGAAUCGACAUGUAGUUGACAAAUUAGAAGUUGUUAACAAGAAAUGGGUUCGUGUUAAUUUACAGCCAGGAUCUUCUGUCGACGGCAAUGUAUGAUAAAAUUGAACAGGAUAAAACAUAUUAAUUAUUUUAUAAUUAUUACAAAUAUUUUAUAGGCAACUUUAUGGUUCAACAUUGGCAGUGUUGACUCUUUCGAAAGAAGUUUAGAAAAUGCACAACUUGAACUGAAUUUAGAAACAUCUAAUUAUGUACCAGUGGUUUAUAAAACAGAACUAGAAGCAAGCAGUUUUUCUGGAUUUCUUCCGACAUUGUUAUUUAUAGGAUUUUUAUUAUUCAUGAUGAGAAGAUCUGCUGAAAUGAUGACUGGCCGUGGAAGAAAAGGAGGUGGGCUUUUUGGAGGUGUUAUGGAUUCAACAGCUAAACUUGUCGACCCAAAAGAUAUUGAUGUCCGAUUCAAGUAAAUAAAAAUUAUAUUUAUAACAUAUUAUGUAUACUAUUUGUAUAGUAUCUGAAAUUAAUAUGCUAAUUUAGAGAUGUUGCUGGUUGUGAAGAAGCUAAAAUAGAAAUUAUGGAGUUUGUUAACUUUUUGAAGAAUCCACAGCAAUAUUUAGACCUUGGGGCCAAAAUUCCCAAAGGAGCAAUGCUUACGGGUAUGAUUAUUUUAUUACAAAGUUUGGUUCUAUUAAAUAUUUAUUAAAUACAUGCAUUUAUUUUUAUAUUUAGGGCCCCCUGGUACUGGUAAAACACUACUUGCUAAAGCAACUGCUGGGGAAGCAGAUGUACCUUUCCUAUCAGUGUCUGGUUCAGAAUUUUUAGAAAUGUUUGUUGGUGUGGGUCCAUCCAGAGUUAGAGAUAUGUUUACCAUGGCUCGUAAACAUGCUCCGUGUAUACUAUUUAUUGAUGAAAUUGAUGCAGUUGGUAAAAAGAGAGGUGGUCGUAACUUGGGUGGUCACUCUGAACAAGAAAAUACCUUAAAUCAAUUGCUCGUAGAAAUGGAUGGUAUACUGCGAUUAUAAUACUAAAACUUGGUACACAUCUGUAUUAAUAUUAAUGUAUUUUUGUUUUAGGAUUUAAUACAACUACUAAUGUUGUAGUUUUAGCGGCUACUAACAGAGUAGACGUUUUGGACCAAGCAUUGAUGCGACCUGGUCGUUUUGACCGACAGAUAUAUGUUCCAGCACCAGAUAUUAAAGGCCGUGCAUCAAUUUUCGGAGUACAUUUAAAACCACUGAAAACAAAUUUGAAUAUUUUAGAAACUGCUAGAAAGUUAGCUGCUCGUACACCUGGUUUUACAGGUAUAGUUUAAUAUCAUACUAUAAAAUAAAUUUAAAACUCUUAAAAGAUGGAUUUCCUUUCCUAAAGGUGCGGACAUAGCUAAUGUGUGCAAUGAAGCUGCUCUAAUAGCAGCUAGAGAUUUAUCAACUUCUAUUACACAAAAACAUUUCGAACAAGCCAUUGAAAGAGUAGUAGCUGGUAUGGAAAAAAAAAGUAGAGUUUUGCAAGCAGACGAGAAAAAAAUUGUUGCCUAUCAUGAAGCGGGUCAUGCUGUUUGUGGUUGGUUCUUAAAAUUUGCAGAUCCACUAUUAAAAGUAUUGAUGAAAACAAUUAAACUUAUAAAUUUGUUACUUUACUUUUGCGUUAAUUUUACACAGUAAAAUCAUAUUUCAUGAAAUUAAAAUAAUUAAAUUUAUUAUACAGAUAUUGUAAAUGAAUAAUUACAAACUUGUAUAAAACAUAAAUAAAAAAUUUAAAUUAUUAAAUUAAUAAUAUUAAAAAAUAAAAUGCUUGCUGAAAAUGAGAACUGCCAUUUAUUUCCGCUUACCUUUUUAUGUGUGUGAAAGUUUUAGAUAACAAAUAUCAGUAUCAUGUCUUUUUUAUAGUAUCUUACAUAUUAAUUUUAAUAUUGCUGUUAGGUUUCAAUUAUACCAAGAGGAAAAGGAUUAGGAUAUGCUCAAUAUUUACCCAAAGAACAAUAUCUGUAUUCCAAAAGUCAGUUAUUUGAUAGAAUGUGCAUGACUCUUGGUGGAAGAGUAUCUGAACAAGUAUUCUUCAAUGAAAUCACUACAGGUGCACAAGAUGAUUUGAAAAAAGUUACAGAAAAUGCAUACGCACAGGUAUAAAAAGUUUAUGGAUUUAUUCAUUACUCCUAUUUAUUCAAAUAAUUUAUCAUUAUUUUAGAUUGCACAUUUUGGUAUGAACGAGAAAGUUGGUAAUGUUAGUUUCGAUUUACCUCAACCAGGAGAAAUGGCAUUUGAAAAGCCAUAUUCCGAAACCACAGCGCAUUUGAUUGAUUCGGAAGUGAAAAUAUUGGUUACCCAAGCUUAUGACCAUACUAUGGAGUUAGUCAAAAAACAUAAGAGUGACAUUAUAAAGGUAAUGUUUUAUGGUUGUGUAUUUUCACAUAAAGUAGACAUUAAUACUUGUUUCAAUGAAUUUUAAUCAACUAUAAUAACCAGAAGGAGAAACCUUUGAGCAUUAUUCAGGAAAUAAAAUAUAUGUAGGUAUAUUAUCUGUAUUCAUAAAUGUUAUAGUGUUGAAAAAGUGUCAUGUUAUUUUUAAAUUAUUUACUUUAAUCUAGUGUUUUUUAUUAUACAUAAAUAUAUUCUAAAUAAAAACAGAGUUUAGAUUUUAAAUUGUAUUUAGCUAUGUUUAUAAAUCUGUGUACACAAAUUAAAUCAUUGGGAAAAUCAUAAUAUGAACAUUUUAUACUACGCGCAAGUUAAUACUCGUAACAAUGUCUUCUUUUCUCUUUUCAAUUUUAUUUUUUUAUUACUUAUAAAUUGUAUAUUUUAUUAUUUACAAGUCUAUUAUAAAUAUAAUUUAACUAGAUAUAUUUUAAGUAUAACUUUUUAAUAUUUUUAAUUUGUAGGUCGCUGAACGAUUAUUGCAACAAGAAGUCCUUAGUAGAGAAGAUAUGAUUGAACUCUUAGGUGCUAGGCCUUUCCAAGAAAAAUCAACUUAUGAGGAGUUUGUAGAAGGAACUGGUUCAAUGGACGAAGACACAACAUUACCGAAAGGACUUCAAGACUGGAACAAAACCAGUGAUUCAAAAGAUAAGACCACCAAAGAUGCAGAAAUUUAGUAAAUUGACACUGGUCGAUGUUUUAACUUUAUGUUAGUAUGUAGUCUGAAUAAAUUUUGUAAAAGAAAAAAUUCAUUAUUUUUGAACUUUGAUUUAUUUAUCAACUAUCAUAAUUAUAAUUUGCAUUUGUAUUACAGCAUUAUAUUUGUGUAUUGAUUUUGUGAAAACGAAAUUAUGUCAACAUUGCUUUAAUACAACAUGUUAAUUAGCUGGUUCAGACCAUAUAAAUAUAAAACUAUAUAAAUAGUAAUAUAUGGUUAUCCUAGAGAUGAGCUAUAAUUGUUUUAUUAAAAAAUGUUAACACGGAAUUUAUUUAUAUAUACAUCUAUCGUUUCUUGUUUUGUGAUUAAAUAUUCGCAUUGUUUUUACAAUUUUGUUUGUGGUUCAAAUGACUAGUAUUCAUAUUAGUAAAGAAAGUGUGUUUUUAUAAUAACAAUAUUGAUAACACUAAAUUUUAAUAAUUUAUUUUGUAUCGCUUGAUGCAGCGAAAAAAAAGGUCGUAUUUUUUUUUUUAAACAACGCCCGCGAAAAAUAUCUAUUCAUUCAAUGAGAUUAUGUUAAAAGUCAGAAAAUGUUAUAUGCGACUUUUUUUAUUACGGC